AGACACCUCCAUCACCACAUUUCCUGUUUGUAACUGAAACAGUACACACAAAAGAUUUUAAGAAACAGAAGAGAAAAAAAUCUGAAGGUGUUAUUGUCAUGCUGCUCUUAACAGGGCAACAUUAGCUAGGAAAAUAAGUUUGAGAGGAUUUUUAAUCUAUACAUUUGUCUUAUGGCUAGUUAAGGAUUUCUCUGAAAAAAGAAGCAUGUCAGGAAAUUCUGGGUGCCCCUUUUUCCUCUGGGGACUUCUAGCAUUCUUGGGCUUGGCUUUGGUUAUAUCACUGAUCUUCAACAUUUCCCACUGUGUGGAAAAGCAACGACAAGAUCAAAUGUACAGGUACUCCAAUGACUACAUUCCCAGGGAUGAUGAGUAUUAUAUUGAAGACACACCGAUUUAUGGUAACUUAGAUGAUAUGAUUUCAGAACCAAUGGAUGAAAAUUGCUAUGAACAAAUGAAAGCCCGACCAGAGAAAUCUGUAAAUGAGAGGCAAGAAGCUACCCCAUCUGCACAGGCAACCAACGAAGCGCAGAUGUGCUACGCCUCACUUGAUCACAGCAUUAAGGGGAAGCGCAGGAAGCCCAGGAAACAGAAUACCCAUUUGUCAGACAAGGAUGGAGAUGAGCAAUCCCAUGCAACGGAUGCCAGCGUUUCUAAGACCACCUUAGUAGACAGUUUCUCCCCAGAAAGCCAGGCAGUAGAGGAGAACAUUCAUGAUGAUCCCAUUAGACUGUUCGGAUUGAUCCGUGCUAAAAGAGAACCUAUAAACUACCUGGACCAUGAUCUAGCUCAAUGAUUUGGCUCCUGCUGAAGAUGGUUGCUAAGAAAACAAGAUCCACAGAGGACACAGAAGGACUUGGCUGC